AACAUGACUACAACACAAUAUUCGUUGGCAGAUGUAAAAAAACACAAUGACAAGAACAGUACUUGGUUAGUCAUUAAUAAUCAUGUAUAUGAUGUGACUUCCUAUUUGCUGGAGCAUCCUGGGGGAGAAGAGGUACUUCUAGAACAUGCAGGGCAAGAGUGUACAGAGGAUUUUGAAGAUGUUGGUCAUUCAAGUGAUGCCAGGGAGCUGAUGCAGAAAUACAGGAUUGGUGAAUUGAUUGAAUCUGAACAUACCACUUAUGUUGAGAAAAAGAAAAACUUGCCCACCUACAAUGUAGACGAUUUUACAUCACAAAGGUAUGGGAAGUAUUGGUUGAUACCUAUUUCUGUAGGAAUUGUAGCAGUCAUUUUAUACCACUCCUAUUCACGUCUUAGGUAA